ACCGGAGCCAUCCAGCUGUGAGGAUCUGUGAGCGCUGUCAUCCGCUUAACGCCCUCGCACCACCCGCUCUCCCUCCCUUCCGCCACCGCCGCCGCCGCAGUCACCCACAACGUUCCCUCUGCUCUCAUCCAGCGCCCAGGGCAUGCUCCGAGGUCCAGCACCCGGCCUCGGCAGUGGCCAGGCUUUCGACCCUUCCGCGGAGACAUGAGGCGUGGCCCACGGGUCGCCCUGGUCCUGGGGCUGCUGCGCAUUUACCUAGCCCAGGCCAACUUUGCCCCUCACUUCUUUGACAAUGGAGUGGGCAGCACCAACGGGAACAUGGCCCUGUUCAGCCUCCCAGAAGACACUCCUGUAGGUUCUCAUGUGUACACCCUAAAUGGGACAGACCCUGAGGGAGACCCUAUCUCCUACCACAUCAGCUUUGACCCCAGCACUAGAAGUGUCUUUUCUGUUGAUCCCAAUUUUGGAAACAUCACUCUGGUGGAAGAGCUGGACAGAGAAAGGGAAGAUGAGAUUGAAGCCAUCAUCAGCAUUUCCGAUGGCCUGAACCUGGUGGCAGAGAAAGUCGUGAUACUGGUGACAGAUGCCAAUGAUGAAGCACCCAGGUUCAUCCAGGAGCCUUACAUCAUCCGGGUUCCAGAGAACAUACCUGCUGGGAGCAGCAUCUUUAAGGUCCAGGCAGAGGACAAGGACACAGGCUCUGGAGGCAGUGUCACCUACUCCCUUCAGAACCUACACUCCUCCAAGUUCUCCAUGGACCGUCACAGCGGGGUGCUGAGACUCCAGGCUGGGGCCACACUGGACUAUGAGAAGUCGAGGGCUCAUUACAUCACUGUGAUUGCCAAGGAUGGUGGGGGCAGGCUUCGAGGGGCUGACAUGGUGUUCUCAGCCACCACCACCGUCACCAUCAAUGUGGAAGAUGUUCAGGACACGGCCCCUAUCUUCGUGGGUACACCCUACUAUGGUUACGUGUAUGAAGACACCCUUCCUGGCUCAGAGGUGCUGACGGUGGUUGCCAUAGAUGGAGACCGAGGCAAACCCAACCACAUCCUCUACAGGCUCUUGAAUGAGAGUGACGGAAUCUUUGAAAUUAAUGAGACAUCUGGAGCCAUCUCCGUCCUUCAGAGCCCUGCCCUGCUCCGAAGAGAGGUGUAUGAACUUCAUGUACAGGUGACAGAGGUCAACUCUCCAGGAAGCCCAGCUGCUCAGGCCACAGUCCCAGUGACCAUCAGGAUCGUGGACCUCAACAACCACCCUCCAACCUUCUAUGGAGAGAGUGGGCCCCAGAACAAGUUUGAGCUCUCUAUGUUUGAGCACCCACCCCAGGGGGAGAUUCUCCGUGGACUCAAGAUCACUGUCAACGACUCAGACCAGGGAGCCAAUGCCAAAUUCAACUUACGGCUGGUGGGACCUGGAGGCAUCUUCCGAGUGGUGCCACAGACCGUCCUGAAUGAAGCCCAAGUGACCAUCAUAGUGGAAAACUCAGCUGCCAUUGACUUUGAAAAGUCUAAGUUGUUGACCUUCAAGCUCCUGGCCAUUGAAGUGAACACCCCAGAGAAGUUCAGUUCCACAGCAGACAUUGUGAUCCAGCUUCUGGACACCAAUGAUAAUGUCCCCAAGUUCACCUCGCACUACUACAUUGCCAGGAUCCCAGAGAAUGCUCCAGGAGGCUCCAACGUGGUGGCUGUCACAGCUGUGGAUCCAGAUACAGGACCAUGGGGCAAAGUCCACUAUUCCAUCUAUGGGACCGGGUCAGACCUGUUCUUAAUUCACCCAUCCACUGGGCUUAUCUACACUCAGCCCUGGGCCAGCCUGGAUGCUGAGGGUACUUCGAGGUACAACUUUUAUGUGAAGGCAGAAGACAUGGAUGGAAGGUACAGCCUGGCUGAGGUGUUUGUCACUCUCUUGGAUGUCAAUGACCACUACCCCCAGUUUGUACAGAGCGUCCAGGAAAAGACAAUGGUACUGGGGACCCCACUGAAAAUUGAGGCAACAGACCAGGAUGCAGAGGAGCCUAACAACUUGGUAGACUACUCCAUUACCCGUGCAGAGCCAGUCAACGUGUUUGACAUUGAUGCACACACAGGGGAAAUUAGGCUCAAGAAUUCCAUCCGCUCCUUGGAGGCCCUACACAACAUCACACCCAGUGGGGACUACUCAUGGUCCCUACAGGUGCAGGCCAAGGACCGAGGCUCCCCAUCUUUCAGUACAACAGCCUUACUCAAGAUCGACAUCACAGAUACAGAGAGGCUAUCCAGAGGUUCCAUGGCUGCCUUCCUGAUUCAGACCAAGGACAAUCCCAUGAAAGCCGUAGGUGUACUGGCUGGUGUCAUGGCAAUUGUUGUGGCCAUAACUGUCCUCAUCUCCACGGCUACCUUCUGGCGUAACAAGAAGUCUAACAAGGUCCUGCCUGUGCGGCGUGUGCUCCGUAGAAGGCCCAGCCCUGCUCCCCACACAGUUCGAAUAGAGUGGCUCAAAUUCAGGAGGGCCAAGGCUGCUACCAAGUUUAUACUCAAAGAGGAUUCUCCCAAUGAGAACUGCAAUAACAGCAGAGUGGGAGUCAUGGUGCCCCCAAGAGCUCCAGCUCUCCCACCACCCCCUAAAAUGGCAUCCAGUAUGGUGGCCCAACAGACAGUGCCUACUGUCUCUGGAUCCCUCACCCCACAGCCAUCCCCACAGUUACCCACACCCAAGACCCUGGGAGGCCCCGUUCAGUCUUCUUUGGUGUCUGAGCUCAAGCAAAAGUUUGAGAAGAAGAGUUUAGACAACAAGGCCUAUAUCUAGAGUGUGUCCCAUGAUUUUUCUCUUCUCUUCCCCCAAUUCUGACCCUCAAGGUCACCCCUAUUUUGUAUAAUGUUGUAACACUAUAUGCAGGACUCUACAAAGGGCUUUGGGCAAGAGAUGCCUCAGACUGUGAGAUGCAGUUGGCAAAUACAUACCCACUGCCCAAAUCCUUGACACAUCUAUAAUGCUCUCUAUUCUUCAGAGAAUAGAAGUCCACAAGGAGUCAAGUCUGUGUAUUUCUACCCACCAACUCUAGACCCCACAAUCACUGGAGUCCUCCUGGGGCCUUGUCAUCUUUAGUUGAGAAGUAGGGCCCCUGGCCACAAGUAACAAGAGUGGCAAGAAUCUGGAUCCCCAAGCUUCAGCCAACCAACAGGUUAAUGGAGGUUUGUUCUCAGCUGAAGUUGAAAGUCAGUGAGCUUUGUAGGAUGUAGCGAUACAAACAGGUAAGAAAAGGGCCAAAAUGCUCUGAAAGCUCAUGUUGACUGUGCCCAAAGCCACUGAGCUAUAGAAUUAGCAUCUAGAUAAGACUAUGCUCCUGAUGGUAGGUGUAAGGUGACCUCUUCCUAGACAGAGAGCAGAAAUCUCCAGCCUCCCUUGAAGAGACAAGGCGAGGUGGAUAUCAAGCUUGAGCUUAGGGAAGGCUCCCAUUCUGAUCCAGCUCUUCUCAUAUCACGUGUUCUUGGAGAUACUGUUAACAUCGUAUUGUCUUCUUCCUUGUCUGUAAGAUGAAGAAAGAAAACCCCAGGAAAAUGGUGAGUCUGGGGGUUUUAAGCAAGUGCAAAGCAUUAGGAUUACAAAGUAUUUGUUGGAAGCCAGUAAUCUGGCUCCAUCUCAUUCAGAAAGUGUUAGCACCCAGGAAGGACUAUGAUGAGGUUGGGAACAGCCAGCCUGAUAAUGGCUUUCCCUCAACUCACAUAAGUUUUCUUCUGUUCGCCACUCUCCACCAUGUAUGUCAUUGUCACAAAGAACCAGAGUCAGGCAGUAAGCUCCAGUCCAAGUCUGUUUGGCUGAGACAGGGAAAUGACUCUCUAGGGUUAUUGACUCCAUGCAUGCAGUGAAUUGGUGGCAGGGAUCUGGUCUGAGAGCCCCCCAUUCCACACUGUUGACUGUUUUUCUCUUCUUGGGAUUUAUCUUGUUCAUAUGUAAUAAUCUUGAGGAGGGAUAUCCUGCAAAGCAGAGGAUUUUGGUGUUCUUUUGAGAAAACAUUAAGGAUAUCAUAUGUAUACUCUAUGAAGCCCUCUAGAAUUCCAGAGUUACUGAUGUGGUCAGAUUGUAUGAACAUGUGGUUUUCUUGCUCACCCCCCUUACCGCCCCCAGUCUGUGUUUGGAGGCGUUACAUAGACAUACGAGCAUUCAGAGUCCUCAUCUGGAGGUCUGUAGUCUCUGGCCCACGUAGUAUUGAGGGACAGGACCUAACCUGCUAAAGUCCAGCCUGGAAAGUGCUGAGCUGGAUCAUGUUUGCCACCACAGGGAGUUCAGCAUCCUAUAAUAUGCAUGCUGUUAACCUCUUCUGUAAAUGGUAAAUAAAAUCUAUUAUUCAAAGGAUAAACUGA